AGAAAUAUUAGAAAGUAACCAAUCCUUGUCCUUAAGAGGUGUCUAGCCAAUAGUUCUCAGAACACGACGGACUUAGCAACGCUCUUUAGACUUUCUAGAUAGACAAUCACAACAGGAUGCGGCGUUGUCUCUGCUCGAAAUUUCUCCAAUAUGCGGCUGUCGUUGCUCCUUUCGGCAUAGUCGGUCUAAAACGUGAACGCGUAGACCUAGGCCAUCUCCAAAUCGGCACUGAAGGCGAUUUUCAGCCUGUUGACGGUGCCGUCAAACAGACACCAGAUUCUGACCAUGAUGGUGAUGCUGACGAAGUUAGUAGUGCAGAGCCAGUUCCAGUAGGCGGUGUUAGUUUGGUGCAGCGGGUGCGCAGGGAUUUUCCCGAUGCCGUUGACGGUAUGGGCAGUCCUACAGAUCUCGGUUCUUUACCUACAUCCCCUCCCGCUCCUUUACCUGCCCCUCGUCCAGUUGCCUUAACGCUCAUCCAUUUCUUCCAGCUGGUCUUUUACUUGCUCAAGUCGUAGUCUUUCACCUUUGCAUCACAUUGGGGCAUCUGGUCCUUUAUCUACAGUAUUGACCGUAACCGUAUGAGAUCCGUAUUCUAUCCACUACUAUACUGCUCUCUGAUAUGUCUAAAAACCAAAUAUUGAAGAAACUGUCAUGCAUCUUCAUGGGCACAGGUAUCAUAUUCGGACUCCUCCUUGUCCAAAAUUUUCCUUGAUAGGUUUGCCCACACCAGGAACUAAUUCGGCGCAGGCGGGCUCUCACAGUGUUUCACCGGUUGCUGGAGGCGACCCUUCUCCUUUACCUCUUUCACCUCUUCCAAAUGGUAUUACUUUUGGAUUUUAUCACAUUCUGAUGCUACACUUCAAAUUCAUACUUUCUCUGAUUUUGAUAUGUUCGAGAACAAUUAUAGAAUAUUUAUAUUAAGUAAUCCAUCUUGGUGCCAGAUUCGGAUAUCUCCUUGUUCCAAAUUUUACUUGAUAGACCCCAUGGACCUCACCACUUCAGCUGGUUUGCCAGGGCAAGCAGCAAGCGCACGUCCGGCCAGUAUGCAUGCACAGGAUGACCUCGCCCUGACAGACGUUAUUAGCGCCGCUGACAGCUUCAAAGAAGCCGUGAAUGGAGCUCAUCCUGUUGCUCGCGCAAUCAGCCAACAACAACAAGUACUCGAGAACCAAUUACAAGGAGUCUUGAGCCAAGAACAAGCACUCGCGUACCAACAACAGGCACUCGCGGAGCAACAACAAGGACUCGCGGACCUACAACAAGCACUCGUUUCACUUUCAGAAGCGCAACAAGUCCACUUGUUCAUGGAGCAAAGAGAGAGUCUCAGGAGCAGGUUUUGCGACAUCAUCUCCGAGUAUCAGAAUACCGCCGUCCGGGAAUAUGUUGUUGACCAGGAAAAAUACGAGGCGGUUUCCGAAACGUAUCCGGAGUUGAUCCACGAGGACUUCAAGAGGCUGGCGCAGAAGGCAUCCGCACAACACCUCGGGAUUUAUCGGUUUGGUUUGAGCAACAGCUUACAUUUCGCUUCUUGGGAUUCCGUUCCACUGACUCAGGGUGACGUGUUUUGGUCUGACCGCGAGGCUUUCACUAGUUGCGAUUCUCCUCCAGCAGGCGGCGCAGUAGACGCAGUAGACGCACUUGCCGCUCUAGUCCUUCAUGGUGCGUACAAACUUGGCACGUUGACACGAUUUCCAUUGCCGGCUGCGGCAGGACAACACCAAAGUGUAGCAGAAGCUUGAUUACUGGAUGGUGUAACUAGAUCAUAAGGACCACAGGGUGUGGCGGCAUCGUCUGCCAACGCAGUAACUGAAGGAGACCACUACUAUAGUUUCUCUGCUUGUUGGGGAGGACACGCACUUGAUUUCGACGUUUUUUUUCCAAGAAGAUCAUCGCCAUUUCGAUGCGGAGUUUUGAACAAAUUUUGACGCAGUACAGAAACUCGGAUACGUCUAUCCCUGGCAGUCCUCACCCAAUGGCAGUGAAUCCUUACCGCUACCCUAACCAACCAACCAACCAGCAUCCCCCUCUGCAGUCCCCGCCCGAUGACUUGAUACAUGAAUUCACUAUUUUUGUUUUUGUGAGUAUUCUGAGCUGCUUGCUCAACCUUUGUCCUACGAUUGCAAAAUACUACGCAGCGAACUCUGCCAGUAAAUUUCAGUGGGAACAACAUAGUGAAAGCAAGACACAUGGAAAAAAACAUCCAACCUUUAUGAUAUUCUCCCCCUGCAUGCUAACAAAUCUAAAUCUUCUAAACGAAGAAAGAUUCCGUAAGUCGAAAAGCGUGGCAUCCACUUACGAAGAUGUUCGUAUCACCGAAUGCGCAUGCUGCGAAGAGCUUAGGGAAGAGGAGGAC